CUACUUGGUAGUAGAUAAAACGGGCCGACCCAUGGGUUUUUAACUGGUUCACUCUCUAUACGUCUAGGGUUUCAAACACCGAAGCAAAACACAACACAGCGACGAUGGAGAGCAGCGAAAACGGCGGCGUCGAGCCCAAGCAAAAGAACAAGGGCAAGCACCGCAAGCCAAAACCUUGGGAUGACGACCCAAAUAUAGACCGCUGGAAGAUUGAGAAGUUCGACCCUUCUUGGAACGAAGGUGGCAUGCUUGAAGUCACCUCAUUCUCCACGCUAUUCCCUCAAUACAGAGAAAAAUAUUUGCAAGAAGCCUGGCCUAUAGUGAAAUCUGCUUUGAAAGAGUAUGGCAUUUCAUGUGAACUGAAUCUGGUUGAGGGUUCCAUGACAGUCUCUACAACCAGAAAGACUAAGGACCCAUAUAUUGUUGUCAAAGCUAGGGAUCUUAUCAAACUUUUGUCAAGAAGUGUUCCUGCUCCUCAGGCAAUAAAAGUACUGAAUGAUGAAAUGCAAUGUGACAUCAUCAAGAUUAGUAACUUGGUGAGAAAUAAGGAACGAUUUAUUAAACGGCGGCAACGUCUCAUGGGCCCCAAUUCGUCCACUUUAAAGGCACUUGAAAUACUGACGGGCUGUUAUAUUCUGAUCCAAGGAAACACUGUUUCUGCAAUGGGUUCAUUUAAACCAUUAAAGCAAGUCAGGAAGAUUGUGGAAGACUGCAUGCAGAAUGUAAUGCAUCCCAUAUUUCAUAUCAAGAUUCUCAUGGUGAGGAAAGAACUUGAAAAGGAUCCAACACUGGCACAUGAGAGCUGGGAUAGAUUUCUUCCGAAGUUUAAGAAGAAAAAUAUUAACCAAAACAAGGUUAAGAGUAAAGAGAAGAGACCAUAUACACCUUACCCACCUCCUCCACAACCUAGUAAGAUUGACAUACAAUUGCAAACUGGAGAAUACUUUUUGAAUGACAAAGUGAAAUCAGCAAAGAAGUGGCAAGAGAGGCAAGAGAAGCAGACUGAAAAAACUGCAGAAAACAAGCGAAAAAGAGAAGCUGCUUUCAUCCCUCCAAAAGAGCCUGCAGUUCAGGAUACCAAAUCUGACGAUGGUGGCAAAGACCUGGCUGCCAUGGCCGUAUCUUUAAAGAAAAAGGCAAAAGAGUAUGGAAGACUAAACUCGGCUGAGAAUGUAAAUGCAGAAGCAUAUAUUGCGGAAUCUGGAGAACCUUCCAAAAAGAAAUCCAAGCGCAAGCAUUCUUAGAUAUUUUGAAUUGUGGGUUGUGAUAUGUUGCCUCAUAGAUGAGUGUUGGAUGUGUAUGAUCUGAUCAAACUUGACUCAUAUUUUUGUCGGUGCGUCCAGUAUGUUAUCAUGUAUGCAAGGCAUUAUCCAAACUUACAAAUCAAAUGUAUUAAACAAAGGAACUUAACGAGCAAUUUUCAAUAUAGUUAACAAA